CCCUGCUAAAGUUUUAGGGCACUACUCGGUCACCAUUUCGCUUAGGAGUCCCGAAGAAAAGUCGCGCACUUUCUUCUUAUAUCUCCUCCGUUGAAUUUCCGACCAUUGCCCAGGCCAUGAUCGCCGGCCAGAGACGAUCGGACUCUCAGAACGCUGUGGAUGAGAUUUCGAGGUGAAACGCGGGAGAUCCUGGAAUGCGAGUGCGGAGAGGUGCCUGAGAAGGAGAUCCGAUCUUUGGUAGCUCAGAACUGCUAUUCCUGUUGUAUUUGCUUCUUUUUGGGAAAUUAGGACUUAGGAUUAUGGAGCAGCGGCGGUGGGGAUUUGUCUUGCCGAUGUUGCUGAUUUUGGUGGUGCUCACGUGGACCACGGCGGCAGAGGACGCGGCGCUGGGGUUGGUAGCCGUAGGGGCGAAGCGCCAUGCGUACGCGGCUAUGAUGUACAUGGGGACGCCACGGGAUUACGAGUUCUAUGUUGCAACCAGGGUGAUGAUGAGAUCCCUCUCUAAGCUUAGGGUUGAUGCCGAUCUUGUCGUCAUUGCUUCCGAUGAUGUACCGAUUGAAUGGGUCCAGGCGAUGAAAGAGGAAGACAAGGUAAAAGUGGUGACAGUAGAGAACUUGAAGAACCCAUAUGAGCAGCAAAAGAACUUCAACGUUAGAUUCAAACUGACACUAAACAAGCUUUAUGCCUGGAGCUUGGUGGAUUAUGACCGAGUUGUCAUGUUGGAUUCUGACAAUUUAUUCCUUCAAGGCACGGAUGAACUCUUUCAGUGCGGCCAAUUCUGUGCUGUCUUCAUAAACCCUUGUAUCUUCCAUACCGGUCUCUUUGUCCUUCAGCCUUCUAUGAAUGUAUUUAAAGACAUGCUUCAUGAGUUGCAAGUAGGCCGUAGUAAUCCUGAUGGUGCAGAUCAGGGCUUCCUUGCCAGUUACUUCCCAGAUUUGCUUGACAGGCCAAUGUUCCAUCCACCCGUCAAUGAUACAAAGCUUGUUGGCACCUACCGCCUUCCUCUGGGAUAUCAAAUGGAUGCUUCAUAUUACUAUCUCAAGCUUCGCUGGAGCAUUCCAUGUGGUCCUAACAGCGUUAUAACAUUCCCGAGCGCACCUUGGUUCAAGCCUUGGUACUGGUGGUCCUGGCCAGUUCUGCCGCUGGGGCUUUCAUGGCACGAGCAGCGGCGAAAGAACCUCGGGUAUACCGCAGAGCUUCCUAUCAUGCUUAUCCAGGCUGCAAUAUACCUUGGAAUAAUAGUCAUCACCCGUCUGGCUCGCCCAAAUCUGUCAAAAUUGUGCUAUAACCGGAGGCCAGAGAAGAGCCUUGCCUUCAUUCAUUCCAUGCUGAAGGUGGUGGUUCUAUGGUCAAUAAUAGCUACAUACACAGUUCCCUUCUUCCUCAUACCCAGAACCAUCCAUCCUAUUCUUGGCUGGUCGCUCUAUUUGCUCGGUGCCGCAGCUAUUGCUUCCAUUGCCAUCAACUCGUUCCUCCUCGCCCCGCUCCCAGUCUUAACUCCUUGGUUCGCAAUCCUCGCCGCCCUCGGUGUAAUGGCAAAUCCAUGGUACUCUGAUGGUGUGGUCAGGGCUCUUGCAGUUUUUGCAUUUGCCUUCUGCUGCGCACCCUUAUUAUGGAUCCAGUUGUCAAAGGUUAUGACCAAUCUCCAGAUGCUGAUCGACAGGGAAGCCUUCUUCCCCAGAUUGGGUGAAUCCUCACAAAUGUCAGAAUUCAACAAACUAUAUUGAAAAAAACUUCUGAAAAAUGUUUUAGUUGAAAUGAAACAUUAAAUAUCUCAAUUCGUUCAAAUGAUUUUGGCUAUUAGAGCUUUUGUGCAGUUUACUGAUGCUGGGCAGAGUUAACAGUGCUUAUGUAGAUGAGAGGGAAAUGGAUAUUUUUUUGCUUUGGUUGCCUGUUUUUGCCCAUCGGAAAUGCAAAGCUGUUAUUCUUUUGAUACCUUUCGCUUUUAUUAGCAGCUUAGUAUUUGUAUAUUGUUCCUGAUUUGGAGUUGGAAGCUUCUGCUGUAAAAAGAUUAGCCAUCUUGAUUGGAGGCAUUGAGAUUGAUUAGGCUAAUAAUAUGUUAUUCAAUUGAUCUA